AUGACGACCAAAAGUCAUACCGUCAUCGAUCCCGUUGGAAGUAGGGAACCAGGACCAAAGUCACGAAGCGAGGGAAGGCAACGCCAAAAUUCUAAAGAACAAGUAAAAGACUGUAACACGAGGCAAAGUAGUGGACGGACCCAUAAGGGGCUAAGUACGGUAACAUCGAAAAAAAAAAAAAAAAAAAAAAAAAAAAACCCCAGGUCCAUACACCCGCAGGUGGAAGGCAACGUGGAGAACACGAAAGGGUCCUCACAACGACCAAAAUCGGACGAGACUCCCGGAUCGAACAAAAGUGGCAGGGAAGUACAACACAGCCACCACCCACCAAAGCGUCAGGAAAAGGUCAACAAAGUAUCAGCAGUACAAAGAGAAAGGGGAAACCAACAUCUCACAGGACAACAUGGACUUUACCAGCAAAACGGGAAAACCAAAAAAUCCAGUUCGGGAAAUACCCGGUACCGAACAACACCGGGGUUUUCCAAAACACAACAACGGGUAUUUCCAAUACCAACACAUCACGAACGUCGGGAAAACCCCUCCCGAACAGUAGAUGCCAAAAAUCAAGGCCGAAGCAACAACAUCAAAGUCAAUGGACAACGAACAAGCCCAAAAUCGGGCCGACGGUCUAUACAAGGUGGAGGCGACGCAAAGCCAACGGCAUUUCAGACGCGCCAAGAACACCGAGCUCACAAAGGUAAGAGGUACCUCCCCCACGCCCGUGAAAAAAGGUUACAAGGGUAUCCCAACCGGUGUAACUGCCGCUUCAAUACUAUGAUAAAUAGGGGAGUAGGCAGGCACCAUGUGUUACCGACAUUGGAGUCGACAAGACCGGUUAAAUUGACAAUCACGUCACACCGGCUGACCCAAUCGAGGGCACAAGUGUACCGACAUUAG